CGCGAUCUAUUUUCUACCGCACAGUAACUCUGGCUGAUCUGGAGCAAACUGUGGUUUCCGAGCUGGGAACUACUCUUUCAAGGAGGUGCCGGGAGCGCACAGCGCGCCGUCCUCGUUUCUCGACGUCCGACACAGAUAUCUUCCACCGAUUCAUAGUCAACUUCGUGUCCUCUACCAUGGAGCAGGUCCCCGUGUCCCCGAAGCUCUUACAGACGCCGCCUCCCUGCGAUGCGGCCGCGAAGAAAGCGAACCCAGGCUUGAAGAAAAUCCCCCCAUAUUGGUAUCCGUACACAACUAUGGCGAAGGGCCGCUGGUUAGGGAGGGAGAUCCUCGAGGUGGUUUCCACCGAAUUCCGCGAUCGGUCAAUGGAGUUCUACAGAUAUGCGCUGCAAUCUGGCGUUACGACGAUCAACGGCAAAAUUGCAAAACCUGACACGAUCAUCCGCAACGGCGAUCGCAUUGAAAACAUCUCACAUCGACAUGAACCACCUGUUACAUCGACCCCGGUCCGCAUCGUCCACCACGACAGGGAGAGAGAAUUUAUUGUGAUAGACAAACCAGGAUCGAUUCCCGUGCACGCAGCCGGCCGGUUCUUCAGAAAUAGCCUAGUUGAGAUACUCAAGAAUGACUUUGGUUUCGAAAAGACCUACACGGUAAACAGGCUAGAUAGGCUCACCUCCGGCUUGAUGAUCUUGCCGCUAAACGCGAAGCUGGCGAAUACUGUGACGCAAGAGUUCAUGAACGGGCAGGUGAGAAAGGAAUACGUCGCGCGGUGCAACGGCAAAUUCCCAGAGGAGGAGGUCAUAUGUGAAGAGCCACUCUUGACUGUCGACAGGCAGAUGGGGCUUAACGUUGUGCACCCGGAAGGAAAGCACGCCAAAACCAUAUUCAAAAGGAUACGAUACGACGCAAACACGGACACUAGCGUCCUCCACUGUCGUCCCAUGACAGGCAGAUCUCAUCAGAUUCGCGUCCACCUUCAAUACCUCGGCCACCCAAUCGCGAACGACCCGAUAUACUCUGACCCUAGAAUUUGGGGAGAGAACCUAGGGAAGGGAGGAAUUGACCUCACCCCGAGCGAGGAGCGGUCCGCGCCACAGGCCCCGGGGCAUUUCCAGUUCGACGCGGCGACUAAUCCUGAGUCCUUACACAAGGGAGAGGCCGCCGCCGCCGCUUCAUCAUCUGCCGCCGAACCCAGCGGAGAGGCGGCGGUGGCGGGCCCGAAACUACUCCCGCGCGAGACCGGCCACGACAUCGGGAUGGGCUCACCCGUCCCGCUCUCUGCGGAGGUGGUGGGCAUCAUCACGCGGCUGCGCAACAUGAAGGAUGAGGCUGAAGACUGGGGCCGCUGGCGGGACGUCGUGUUCCGCGCGAAGGGCAAGCUGGUCCCGCAUGGGUUCGACAUCCCCCUCCCGCCGCAGAACCAACGUAAGCGCGGUGGCGCCGCCUUUGCCGCACUCUCGAUCGCGUCGACGCCCCCUCCCGAUGCCGCAGAUGCCCCGACAACAGGGAUGGAUGCGGCCGCUGCUCCAACGACAGACACUGACGACGAACCUCCUCGGACGGACCAGAUCACGCUCGAAGACGUGGCGAAGUUCGCCAACAGCACGCCUCCCAUGUCCGAGACGCCGACGCCGACGCCGCUCGCUGACACUCCUGCGGCGUCGGAGCUGACCUCUUCAGCUGCAGAACAAACGCCUUUGUCAGUGUUCGCAGCGUCCGAGCCCAUCGUCACAGAGACGCCGAUCGGGGACGCCGAGGGCAUGCAUUACUGCCCCGAGUGCUUCGUCCCGCUGCACCCGGACCCAAAGCCGGAAACGCUGUACAUCUUCCUGCACGCGCUGCGGUAUACGACGAGCCUUGGGUGCUUCGAGACCGGGAUGCCGGAGUGGGCGGCGGAGGGGUGGGAGUGGGAGCGCUGA